GAAAAUAAAAUAUAACAAUAUGCAAGAGUAUCAUAAGAACAACAAAUAGCAAAUGCAUAGCUUCUUCAUAUCCAUCCUUUGCCACUUUGAUACUUUAUUAUUUUUAAACCAUAUGGUAAUUAUCAAUUAGUUACUAUGGCUACACAUUGUAGUUGCAUAGCACAAAUUUCAUAGCAACUUUAUAAUGAGAAAAGAACAAAGAAAGCAAGAUACAUCACAUUUUAAUUUUUAAUCAUACAUUCACUACUAAAGUUACCAUACUAUUAAUCUUUUUUGUUCAGUCUAAUAAGCAGGAGGAAGUUUAUAAAUACGUAUAUAUUUUGUAUUUAUGUAUUUAUAUCCACUUUUAUUAUUUUUUAAAAUAACUCAAAGCGCCAAACAUAUCCAGCACAACUUCCUCUGCCUAUUUUUCCCACAACAAUUCUGCUUAUGAAUACUUUUAGCUACAAUCUAGGCCUAAAUAUUUGGUGUAUUGGUUUCUUAUGUUCAUUUUUACUAACUUCAUUCUUAGUGUUUGAAUGAGAAAGGUAGAACAUAGAAAAUGACAAAGGGUGUAUAAAUAUUUUUCUAUUUUUACAGACACGAGGUAUUUAGGGCUGUUCUGGGUUUGUGCCAGUCAAAGGGCACUAUUGCUUUGUCUGGAAGAAACUGGAACAACCUGUUUUAAGAUUUUGUUUUCUUCUCCACUGAUUGGCUAAUCAAUUAAGGAGGUGGGGACCAAUAUAUUUGUUGCUCUCACCUGUGAUGUCAUUCUAUAUAAACAUCACCUUUCUUUGUUAUCCUGGGAGUUGUUGCUAGCUUUCUAGGACUGUUGUGCUUUGUUUUAAUACCUUUUUUUUUUGAAUCAGGACAAAGGGUGAUUAUGAAUGCUUCAUUUUUUGGUUAAUUAUUUAUUGUUCUCCCGUCUAAAAUAGAGGGAAAGGCUUAAUUUGGAGUGGUUAGAUGCAGAGUUAGAAUUUCUGUCUGCACUCAGGGAACAAUUUGAACUUUUAAAUAACUCAUCCACAUCAUGUUUGGCAUUAUCUAGAUCUAAAAUUUCCAGUACAAGGAAUAUAUGAGCAAUAAAAUAAACAAAAUAUAAACGCUACCUUCCUUUUUGCUCUAAGGGUUUUCUGUUGGAUUAGGAAAAUAAAAAUGGGUCAGCUGUGUACCAAAUGUGUUCAAUUGCUUUACGACUUUGCUGUCUCAGUGAAAACACUGUUGUCAGGUUUGUUGCUUGACAUUAGAGAGUGUUUGGCUCAGAUUGCUAACUGCCCUUGCCUAAAACGAAAAAAUGUUGAAAUGAGGCAGCUCUACAAACCUGUUCUUCAUCGUUAUGAAGAGGAAACUGCCCAAGAAUUUCUGCAACACAUUGAAAAAGGUUUUGAAAUGUCGUCACUUGGCAAGAUAUCUUUAGAGGCCUUGAAGACCUUGGCAUUUUCUGAUCAUCCCGGCUUGCAAAUGCUUGCUGCUCUCUAUUAUCUACACAUAAGCCAAGACUCAGUAAACAUCCAUCUGUCCCAAGAGCAUUUGGAAACAUAUUAUGCUUUGCUGAAGUCUAAUGAUUUGGAGGUUCAGCAGAUUUCAUCCUUAUCCCUGCUCAGUUUUUUAUUAGAAGGAAAUGUAACCAAGGAGCAUGUCAUAGAAAUGGAAUUACUUGAACCAAUCCUAGAGCUACUUGAAUCGGAUGAUAUCGCUGUCCAGGAUAAUUCCUGUGCCUGCUUAAUGAUGCUGGCUGACUCAGAGGCUUGUCGGAAUGCAAUUGCAGCAGCUGGAGGAACUAUACCAUUACUUUCCCUUUCUAAAUCUCAUGAUAUUGGCGUUCAACAAAAUGCCAUUCAAGCUAUUUUCCACCUCACACGAUCAGAAUGGAUCCAAAGGGUUUUGGUUCGUCAAAGUGCUCUCCCAAUUCUCACCCAUUUAUUAGAGUCUCCUGACACAGAAGUUCAGUACUACAGUUGUGCUGCUCUCAGUAAUGUGGCUACAAAUUCACAGCACCACAAAGCUAUGCUUCACGUUGGUGACAGGUUUCUUCUGCAGACUCUGCUUUCUCUCUUGUCUUCAGGUGUGGAUAAGAUUUCAAACCAGGCUUGCAUUUGUCUCAGGAAUUUAGCCACAAAUGAGUUUGUUCUGACCAGUCUUGUUGCUAUGCAUAUCCAGUCCCGUCUUCUUCCUCUCUUGAAAUUUAGCAAUAAAGAGAUUCAGCAGAAUUCAGUAAUUCUCCUCCAGAUAUUAUCCCAACACUCAGGCAACCAGGAUGCCCUGAUGUCUGAAGAGAUGCUGCAAAUUUUGGGGGAACUGUUGCUUACCUGGAGAACAGACACAGUAAUUGUUGGCCAUAUGGCUUGCCUCAUCAAAAAUCUCAGCCGUUCUAAAAACAUACAGAAAAUCUUAAAAGGCCCAUGCAUCAAAGGCCUUCUUCAAGCUAUCCACAGUGUCUACUUACUAGAAGAUUCCCUUUCCUAUGUGAUAUCUUGUCUUGCUGAACUGGUGAAGCAUGAAGGAGCCACGGCGCAUAUUGUAGCAUUGAUGGAUGAACCACUGAUAAAUCAUUUGGUGAAAUUAGCUAACCAGGUGGAACAAACUGAGCUUUCCUUCCAAGCUGCCUUUAUGAUCAAGCACUUGGUAAGGCAUGAGGAGAUAGUGUCUCUGUUAAAAACACACAUGAACCAGGUUCAGCAAUAUCUGAUGAAGUAUCUUAUUCACCGGGAGAUUCGUUUUCAGCAUCUGGGCAUAACCACUCUCUGUGCAUUACAGAAAGAUCCAGACUUUUUGGCAGCAUUCAGUAACAGUGAACUGAAGAAGCACCUUGAUGAAAUUUGUCAACAGACUGAAAUUAUGCAAGAGCUUCUCAGUGUUGCUGUUGGACAUAUGGAGGCAUGAGAGACACUUCCAACCUGCACAUCAUUAGUCAGAAUGGAGAUCAUUAGCCUCUGAAUAGGCACCUGAGCUAAGAUAUUGGUAUCUCAGGUUUAACAAAGCAGCUUUGGGUAAAUCCACAACAGCUGCAUACAUAAAUUAUGAUGUCUGUUAUUUGGGUAGAAAUGAAAGGGACAUUUCCCCGCUCACAAGGCAUGUAAACAGAAUCCAUUGAAAAUGAUUCGGUUUGUGAUUAUAUAAAAAAAUAUGCCACUGUUGUCUUAUCUUUGCAUUCAUGGAUCAGUCUUAUAGCAAUAAUACUUAUAUACCGCUUUACAGCCCUCUCUAACAGAGUCAGCAUUUUGGCCCCCAACAAUCUCGGGAUUGUUUUACCCACUUUGGAAGGAUGGAAGGCUGAGUCAACCUUGAGCCUGGUGAGAUCUGAACUGCCAAACUGCUGGCAGCCGGUGAUCAGCUGAAGUAGCCUGCAGUACUGCACUCUAACCAUUGCACCACCACGGCUCUUAUAGUUCUAAAGACAGUUGGACCAGUCUAAACAUAGUUCUGUCAUACAGUUGCUGCAAUUUUAACACCAUCCUUGCUGAUUUGUAAUCUGCAGAUCUCUGCAGAUGCAGAUAAUCUUGCCCUAGGAUACACUUUGGCAAUAUUCUUAUUUUAAUAAACUGAAUUUGGAUUGUUUUAAGAGCUUUGAAAUGGGGGGGGGGGAAUCUCCGCUAGCAAACAAUUAUGUGUAUGCAGGUUUCCAAGAUAAAUUUGUGAAGCUUUUACUAAAAUGGGCAUUUUUAGAAAAAUGUAUUUAUGUAAAAUGGUUGUGGUGUUGUGACUGCUUUAAGAUGCUGUAUAUUUGCAUAUAGGCAUGGCUGAGUAAUCACGUCCUUGGCUCAUUAACGGAUAUGACUUCAGGGAAGGGAGCUAACCAUUCCCAUCAUAUUAGAACAUGUCAAACAGGCAGAAAUAAUGGGAGACAGGUGGUUCCGUAAAUGACAGUUGCUGGAUCCAAAGGUUUCUAUGUAUGUGCAUAUUUGUGUUAAAACGCUCUGUAAGUUGAAAGAUCUCCUGGAUGACAUGGGGCUAUCCACCAAAGAGGACAUACUGUACCUAGUUGCACAAAGAAACCUAUUCAGAAGCUGUUUCUAUACAUAUAUGAAGUGCAUAUGCUCAAGAGCUCUUACUUUAAUUCAGCUCUUAAAAUUGAAUUAAAUUGAUUAUUGUAUCCUAUUGAAAAAAAAAUCUGAAUGUUUCCCUUACAUAGAAGAUUAUUGCUUGCUUUGUGCUACUAAAAUCAAAUGUCUGGAAGCCAUAUCCAAAGUUUGCAUCUAAUCUACCCUGUUUCCCCCAAAAUAAGACAUCCCCUGAUAAUAUGCCCAAUAGGGCUUUUGAGUGCAUGGCAGUAAGGCCAAGCGCUUAUUUCAGGGUUCAAGAAAAUAUAAGACAGGGUCUUAUUUUCGGGAAAACAUGGUAGUUUUGAGUGAUUCUGCAGUUGUCUGCAAACAUAGUAAAAAAUGAAAGCAUCCACAUAAGCGUGAUCUCCAAUAACUUCUUGUGCUUUUGUUUUUGGGCCUUUGAGUAUUGAAAAUUGAGCUGCAGGACACACAGUGGCAGCAAAAUACAUUUUUCACAAGAAACAAAACAUGCUUUCUUCUUGUCAAUUUAUAGCUGGAAAUGCCCACAUGUGUUUCAUCUCUUAUUAAAUUGGAUUUUUAAAUUGUUAGAAUCUUGUUUAUAGGAAGCAGCAUAAAAGUGUUAUAAGUAAACAAUAUUUUAGAAGAGAAGAAUGUUGUAGGACACAGAAGAAUAAGAACUGCCUCCUGAGAUGGAAAUGGUCCUCUGAGUCAUAUGCAGCAUUUCUUCUAGGAAUCGGCUGUGUUCCUCAAGGAUUGUUGAAUCUGUUCCUCCCAUUAGACUGCAGGAAGACCAACUCUUAGCUCCCUCAUUAGACAAUGCCUGAACUUCUCAAAUAACUGAAUAUUAUCUAUUUCAUGUAAUCACCAUUCUGCAACACUAUAAUAUCACAGACCAGGUCUUAGUGCCUUAGAAUGAAAGAUGGAAUAUCCCAAGUAUUAGGGGGCUUCUGAACCCAGCACCAUUCUUGCUGAGAUUCAGCCAAAACUCUUCCUCCCUAUCCAACUCUAAUGGCUUCCAGACAUCUAGACGGGACUUCAGUAACAUUUCCUGUUCAGCCUAUACGAUAUGGAGAGCAUUAUGGGUAAAUUCGCUGCAUCUUCAUUUUUCCAAGUCUGGAAAAAGCUCAUUGACUUCUGAGAAUGACCUUAAGCCAGAAAGCUUUGUUUUAUUUGCUGAACUGUCUGCUAAUUAGAUAAAUUAAGAAAAGCCAAACUUGCAUUGUUAAUUAUAGCCACGUUUUUUUAUUGUUUAUUUUGUACUCAACAAAAUUAAUAAAUACAUUAUCUAAGAUACAAUAGGCUUUUUUUUUCCAUUUCACCUAUGAAAAAAUAAUGCUUUCAAAUUUUUUUUUUUCACAUUUUAAAACCUGUCAUGUUAUUUUAUUUGU